AUGAACAACGAGAGAGGAGAUUUCCAAUUCUUCCAUAGUCGACUGAAUCAAACCUCCAAUGAUUCUCUUCUUCCUGGACUAUACGACGAUGUAGCCCUAAUUUGUCUAGCCUGGGCUUGUAGAUUCGAUUACGCUUCACUCUCCUGCUUAAACAUCCGAUUCAAUUCCCUCAUGAAAACAGGCUACCUCUACGAGCUACGAAAGCAACUAGGAAUCAUAGAGCAUUGGGUAUACAUGGUGUGCGAUCCCAGAGGUUGGGAAGCAUUCGAUCCAAUCACCAAAAACUGGAUGAGGCUUCCCAAAAUCCCUUGUGAUGAAUGUUUCAACCACGCAGAUAAAGAAUCAUUAGCUGUAGGGAGUGAAUUGUUAGUUUUCGGGCGUGAACUAUUCGAAUUUGCUAUAUGGAAAUACAGCUUAAUCCAUAGAAACUGGGUGAAAUGCGAAGGAAUGAUUCACCCCAGGUGUCUAUUCGCGUCAGGAAGCUUAGGAACAAUCGCCAUUGUUGCAGGAGGUAGUGAUCAAAACGGAAACAUUCUAAAAUCUGCUGAGUUAUACGAUUCAUUAACAGGUAGAUGGGAAAUGCUUCCAAACAUGCACUCCCCUAGAAGAUUAUGUUCAGGUUUUUUCAUGGAUGGAAAGUUUUAUGUAAUAGGAGGAAUGACAAGCCCUAAUGAUUCAUUAACCUGUGGUGAAGAGUUUGACCUCAAACUCAAAAAAUGGAGGAAAAUUCCGGGCAUGUACCCGAAUGUAAACCGGGCAGCCCAAGCUCCACCACUUGUAGCGGUUGUUGAUAAUGAGUUAUAUGCAGUUGAGUACUUAAGCAAUAUGGUUAAGAAAUAUGAUAAGAUUAAGAACUUAUGGGGUGUUUUGGGUAGACUUCCAGUUAGGGCUGACUCAUCGAAUGGUUGGGGGUUAGCUUUUAGGGCUUGUGGGGAUGAACUUUUGGUGGUGGGUGGACAAAGGGGUGGACCAGAAGGUGAAGCUAUAGUGAUUAAUUCAUGGUGCCCUAAAUCUGGGGUUAAAAAUGGUAUUUUGGAUUGGAAGAUUCUUGGUGUUAAAGAACAUGCUGGUGUCUUUGUUUACAAUUGCGCUGUCAUGGGUUCUUAA